AUUGGUUGAUGAAUUAUACAUAAAUAAAUUUGAACUGAUGGGGCAGUUAGUUUUGUGUUGUGAGUGUUAAACAAAUAUACCUUGUUUCUUUACUAACCAUGGCGACUGACAAGAAGAAAUUACUUCUUUUGUUUGAUCGUCCACAAGAACCGACAUUUGUGACCAAAGGCAAUAACUCAGUAUUUGAUGUGCCAAUUAACUAUCUGCCUGAAAAAUACAAACCUAUUGGGGUACAACUUUUCAACAGAUUUGGUGAAGACGCUUCUGAACGAAUAUCUGUUAAGGAAAUUCCACCUCCAAAUUUAGAUGACAUCCCAGAAUUGCAGAGAAAUGAAAACUUUUCCUUGUUUAUUCCAAAACACCGAAAAAUUGCCGGAAAACUAAUCAGGCUCUUUUUAGCUGCCAAAAAUGUGGACGAACUUUUAUCAACGGCAGUUUAUGCUCGCGAUCGUGUUAAUGCAUAUCUUUUCCACUACGCCUUGUCCGUGGCUCUCCUGCACCGUUCUGACACCCAGAACUUAGAUUUACCUUCCCUAAUCCACGUUUUUCCCGACAAAUAUGUAGACAGUCAAGUCUUCGCCAGAGCUCGUGAAGAAGCCAACAUCGUUCCAGAAGGGUCAAGGACACCCAUUGAAAUCCCUAUAGAUUUCACUGCUUCCGAUCUAGAUGAAGAACAUCGCAUUGCCUACUUCCGCGAAGAUAUCGGACUUAAUAUCCACCACUGGCAUUGGCAUUUGAUCUAUCCUUUCGAUGGUACUAGAGAAAUUGUCGCUAAGAAUAGACGAGGGGAGCUGUUUUAUUAUAUGCACCAACAGAUACAAGCACGGUAUAAUUUCGAACGACUUUGCAACAGUUUGAAGAGAGUGAAAAAAUUGUCGAAUAUGCGGGAACCGAUUCCUGAGGCCUAUUUUCCUAAACUGGAUAGUUUAGUGGCGAGUAGAACAUGGCCUUCACGUCCCGUCAAUCAAACUCCGAGUGACGUUAACAGAGAAAUCGACCAAAUUAGAGUCAACAUUGACGAUCUAGACCGAUGGAGGGAUAGGAUUUUUGAUGCUAUUCAUUCUGGAAAUAUCGUGGAUGGGAACGGCCAAAAGAUUCCGCUUACUGAAUUUGAAGGGAUCGAUCUUUUGGGGAAUGUUAUAGAAGCGAGUAUUAUUACACCAAACAGGAAUUUUUAUGGGGACUAUCACAAUAUGGGACAUGUCAUGUUAGGGUAUGUUCAUGAUCCUGACCACAGAUUUUUGGAACCUUUUGCUGUAAUGGCCGAUCCUGCUACGGACUUGCGAGAUCCAGUUUUCUUCCGCUGGCAUGCCAACAUUGAUGAUAUGUUCCAAGAAUUUAAGGCCACGCUUCCACGCUAUACCGUAGCACAGUUGAACUACCCCGGUGUAACUGUAGCCAAUGUCUCAGUGCAAAACCAAGGAGGACAGCCCAACAUCCUUAACACUUUUUGGCAACAGUCAGAUUUGGAUUUAUCGCGAGGAAUGGAUUUCCAGCCUCGAGGUUCUGUUUUCGUGCGAUUUACACAUUUGCAAAACCAAGAUUUUACGUACACAAUUACUGUGAACAACCAAGGAAACAAUCGUAUGGGUACUUGCAGAAUCUUCCUCGCACCGAAGUUUGACGAAAGGGGCAAUCCGUGGUUAUUCAGAAAUCAAAAAGAUAUGUUCAUUGAAAUGGAUCGUUUCUCAGUUUCUUUGAAACAAGGGUCGAACACCAUCACUCGUAAUUCCACCGAAUCGUCACUGACCGUUCCGUUUGAGCGAACGUUCAGAGAUCUUGAUGUUAACAGACCUACAGGGGGAGAUGAACUGGAACGUUUCAAUUUCUGUGGUUGUGGAUGGCCGCAACAUAUGCUCUUGCCCAGAGGUACCGAAGCUGGUUUUCAGUGCCAGUUAUUUGUUAUGAUUUCGAAUUAUGCGGACGACAGGGUUGAGCAAAAUACGGACGGUAUUUGCAGCGAUGGUGAUACUUUCUGUGGAAUCAAGGACAAAUUAUACCCUGAUAGACGCUCAAUGGGUUAUCCGUUCGAUCGACAACCUCGUCAAGGAGUGGACACCCUUCAGCAAUUCUUGACGCCCAACAUGAGAGUUCAAGAUGUGAAUAUUAAGUUCACUAACCGAGUUGUAAAACCAAGAAAUAGGAAUAACUAAACAUGUACUUGGCUUUUGUCUAAGGGAUUUGGAUCGUUUUUGACUCAUAUACUCAAUUUAGAUUUGUACUACUUAUUUUACUUAUAUUUUUUUAUCUUGCUUCCGCAUUAUUCUUCUAUUAUCUGAAUAAAUCCGCUUUUGACAUGA